GCACUGAUCGGUCCAGCGCCCACGUUAGCUUAUAAGAUAAGCAGCCCUGGCAUUCUACACACCCAAAAUUUGGGAGCUGUUCUAAGAUAACGUGGCUUCCGUGCGACUGCUAUCUACCUUUGCUUGUGUAAUGGUGCUUUGGGGAGGGCUCCGGCCAAUUCUCUCUCGCGUUCUACUUGACUCGGCCGCCCUGUUUGGCCUAAGCGUAUCGGCAGGAACUUCGGAGUGUACACGAAAAAACACCGUCGUUCUGGGACUGACAUACAUUGGAACUUUUGUUUCGGCCGGGCCCACAAAUCGUUGGACUUUGACACUACCAAUGGUACCAUUUCUGUUUUUACAGCUAACGAGACGAUUAUCUCUCUCCAAGAAAGGCGGAUGCUGGUUUCACCGAAUUGUCGAUGGGUUGAGUCUAUUACUGAUCGUGUCAGCCGCUACUUUAUCGAUACUCUUUCCAGCUGUAGAGCUUCCUGCAAUCAAAGGUCCCUACAAUGUAGGCGUGGUAGAUUUUUUUAUGCCAAUAGAAUCGUCCAAUAUCGCAGGGAGUGUUUCAAGAGAGACCUGUGCUUCAUCUUCUCACGUUUCGGUGCGAUUACUUUAUCCUACCAACGAAAAACCCGUACGGAUACCAUUUUUAAGACCUGACAUUGCAGCUGAUUACUGUCAACAAUUUAUGAGCUUUGGAGCCCCUCCGCCUUUGAAAACGUUUGGUUGGCUGCUACACACGUGGCGUCUAGCACGAAUGCAAGCCAAACCCCACGCUUCGCUUUCAGAUCAUCCUGACGCCUUCCCUCUAGUUUUAUUCUCUCACGGUCUUGGAGGCACAGCAGAAAUUUACAGUUACCAAACCAUGUCUCUUGUGGCGCACGGUCACAUUGUGUUGGCUGUGAACCACCAAGAUGGAAGUGCUCCAGUCAUAAGGCAAAGAGACGGGAACAUUAAGCUGUACGAUCACGAACUUCCGAAACUCUGGGCUGGAGGCAACCAUGUCGAGUAUGUUCGUGAACGUCGUGCACGAACUGAUCUUCGUGUGGACGAGUUGGUGGCAGCUGCGGAAGGUAUGCAUAGAUUGAAUGAGAGUGACCUGGCCGAACUCCUACUGUUCGGUCUCUCCUUCCGUGAUCGCAUCCAGAUAGAUCAAACAUUUUUUAUGGGGCAUUCCUUUGGAGGAGCAACGGCGCUGUCAGUGGCAAAGCGGCGACCUGAUCUUGUAAAGUCCGUGAUUGCACACGAGCCAGCCGUUGACUGGAUGCCUGAUGAUGCUCGUCGCUCGUUGUUCGAUCUAAAACGAUUAGAAGGACUUUCAACUAACUUCACGGGAGGGACCGGAGGUUUUCUUGUCGAAUCUUCAGACUCAGAAUCAUCUAUUCACGAUGUGGACCUGCUUAUACUUUUCUCGGGCGAAUGGCGAUCGAAGAAAUGGGGUUGGAACCAUGUUCUAGAAGAGAUGCAUCAGGAAGCUCGGUUGGGUCGGGAAGGAGGCUACUCUUCCUUUGCUUUUAUAGAUGAUGCACACCAUACAGAGUUUUCAGACACUUCCAUGAUGUUGCCGUUAUGGCUGGCACGUCUUACCAAUAUAACAGGGCCAAGGAGUCCCUUGUCGACGGCGAAAGAGAUUCAUGAGCGAACCUUGGUGUUCAUGCAAAAAGUCAAUCUAUAGGGACACGUUGACUGUAAGAAACCAUCAAAGCUCUAAGUUUGAAACUGUUUACAAUACAGAAUGACGGUGAACUGUUUCCU